AAUCACUCUCUUCCUAUUGGCCGAAUUUAAAAAUAAGACCGCGACAGUUUGGAAUGACUAAAGAAGGAAUUUCGGUGUGAUUCAGGUUUUUGGGAAGUUUUCUGUCACGAUGAUGGAAUCAUGUUUUCACAACAAAUUGGAGACCAUGGAGGGAGUAGACGUCGAUGACCUGAGAAAAGACCUCUUCUCAGAGUUUCACUCCUUGGACCCAGAUGGAACAUGCCUACAAGAGAUGGAGCAUUUGCAGGUGUUCCUUCGCAUUCGACCAUUCACAACUGCUGAGAAUGAAAACUGCGAAGCACAGGACUGUGUUUCCAUUGAGUCCCCGGACACAGUCCUUCUCAAGGCUCCGAGGUCUUCCCUAUCAGCCCGGCUCAGUGACAGAUCAGUCCCCCAGACCGCCCAGCGCUUUCAGUUCUCUCAGGUUCUGGGGCCAGAAACCACUCAGAAGGAGAUGUUUGACAGAACCGUGAGAAACCUGGUCAAGGAUGUUUUAGAAGGUGGAAACUCUCUCGUGUUCACGUACGGAGUCACAAAUGCGGGAAAGACGUUCACUUUUCUAGGUCCGGAGGCCAACGCAGGCGUCCUACCCAGGUCUCUGAAUGUCAUCUUCAGUAGCAUUGAGGGUCGAGUCUACAACCAGAUGACCAUCAAGCCGCAGCGGUGCCGAGAGUUCAUCAGGCUCACCAAAGACCAGCAGAGUGACGAGGCCGCCAACAAGAGAAAUUUGUUUCGUGUCCUCAAGGAGGUUGAUAAUCAGAAGACCAACGUCAGCCAUGCAAGCUCCACUGGCAAGACCACCCUGGAAGGGUCCACGCUUAAUGCCGUUGAGGAGACCGUGACCGAAGACUGCUUCAGUCUGGUUGUUGACACGCACACCAAGUUCUCUGUCUGGGUGUCCUUCUGCGAGAUUUACAAUGAGAACAUCCACGACCUGCUGGAGCCUAUCCCCAAUGGGGCGGUGAGGAGAUCUACACUGCGUUUGUCGCAGGACGUCAAGGGCAACUCUUUUGUGAAAGAUCUCAAGUGGGUACAGGUGAACAAUGCUGAGGAGGCCUACAAGGUGAUGAAGCUGGGAAAGAAAAACCAGAGCUUUGCCAGCACCAAGCUCAACCUGCUGUCAAGCCGGAGCCAUAGCAUCUUCUCAGUUCGUAUUCUUCGGAUUGAAGAUUCUAGGAUUCCUCGUGUGAACUGUAUUAGCGAGCUGUCUUUGUGUGACCUUGCUGGCUCAGAGAGGUGUGCUAAAACGCAGAAUAAAGGCGAGCGUCUGAAAGAGGCUGGGAAUAUCAACACUUCCCUAAUGACCCUGGGAAAGUGUAUCAACGCGCUACGGCACAGCCAGCAGUCCAAGCUUCCGCAGCACGUCCCCUUCAGGGAAAGCAAGCUGACCCACUACCUGCAGGGCUUCUUCUGUGGCCGGGGCAAGGCCUGCAUGAUUGUCAACAUAAACCAGUGCGCCUCCAUGUUCGACGAAACCCUCAACGUGCUCAAGUUCUCCGCCGUGGCCCAGAAGGUGGUGGUCCUGACCACCAAGACGGUUCCCCCGCUGGCCACCAAGAGGUCUGCCCGGGAGCUGUCCAUGAUCAUCAACAAUGCCGACCGGAAGAACCUGUUGGGUCACAGUAGGAGGAGCUCUCUGGUGGCCUGGGAGAACAGUCUGGAGGACGUGCCGGAGGAUGAGGACGAUGAGACCGAGGAGGAUGAGGACACCGAGGAGGAUGAGGAGAGCACGGUAGAGAACACCGUGAUGGAUGAGAGCAUGCCGCAAGUGGACGAUGACAAGAUUGUCAUUGAUAAAGGCACUUACAAGAAACAGCUGCGCCAGUUGAAGGAGCUCCAGGACCUGGUCCAGAAGGUGCGGUCUGAGAACCUGGCGCUUGAAUCUCGGAUCCGCGAAGAGGUCACCAGGGAGUUCGCCGAUCUCUUUUCAGAAAUGCAGCAGGAUUACAAUGAUCGUCUGGUCAAGGAGAAGGAGAUCAUUGAGGAGAGAGCAGAGACUCGUCUGAUGAUCCUGAAGAAUCUCAUGAACAAGAACAGUCAGGAAGAGCGGAACCAAGCGGAGAAGGAGGGCAAGUUGUCAUUUGGGGACAUGUUUGACUCCAUGUGUAGUGACGUGGCCGGUAUCAAGGAGGUGGCGGAGGCAGCCAAGACGUGUCUGGUUACUGAACCGGAUGCCGGCAGUGACACCGUCUACGACAUGAAGGCCAGGGUGGCCCGUUUGUCCGUUCAGCUGAAUGAAGCCCUGGAGCAGCUCUCUGUUAAAACCAAAGAGCUAGAUCAUUUUUACAGACAAGCCCAGCAAGCAAAUGAACAGCUUGAAGAGGCAAGCAAGAGUGCAGAGACUCAAGAGCUGAAGUCCUCUCAUCUCUUGGAUAUUUGUAAUGAGAAGGAUGAGAUGAUCUCCCAGCUCCAGAUCACCGUCGAAGAGCAGGCUAAAGCCGCCAGCCAGAAUAAGACCACAUUAGACAGCAUCAAGCAGGAGAUCCUGCUUCUGAAAAGGAGCUGCACAUGCUUUAGGGAGGAGAGGGCCAGCUCUCGCAAUGCAAACCGCAAAAGGCUGGUGGACCUCCAGCCGGAUGUGGAAGACCAGCCCCCCAGCAAGAAAGGGGUCCAUGAGGCAUGUAGUGGUGGCGCCGAGGAGAAGACGGACAGAUUGCGCGCAGAGCCAUACUUGAGAUCCUCAGAAAUGGUCGGAUUGGAGGAGGUCCGUGUGCGGGCCCUCCCAGGGGCGUGCCAGGCGCAAGCUGCGAAGCUGGAUGCCCCGGAAGCUGAUGCCUUGAGGGGCUGCCAGACCACGCGUGACCAUGAGGUCAGAGGAGAAAAUGCCCUGAUAGCCUCCCUGACACAGGAGGUGACACGCCUGAGGCAAGAAGUGGGGGUCUGUCAAACUGUGUCUGAGGUACCCGGGGACAGUGGGCUUCGUCUAGACAUGGUGGGACAGAAGAGGGACUGCUCGGAGGCCCUGGAGGAGAGCGAGAGGAGUCACAAGCAGAUUCAAAUGCUUGAAGGAGAGCUUGAACAGAAGCUGUCCUUACAGAAACUCACUUCUGACCAGGAGAAGGAAGAGCUGAAACAGAAGCUGUCCCUACAGAAGCUCACUUCAGACCAGGAGAUGGAAGAGCUGAAACAGAAGCUGUCCUUACAGAAACUCACUUCUGACCAGGAGAAGGAAGAGCUGAAACAGAAGCUGUCCCUACAGAAGCUCACUUCAGACCAGGAAAUGGAAGAGCUGAAACAGAAGCUGUCCCUACAGAAGCUCACUUCAGACCAGGAGAUGGAAGAGCUGAAACAGAAGCUGUCCCUACAGAAACUCACUUCAGACCAGGAGAUGGAAGAGCUGAAACAGAAGCUGUCCCUACAGAAACUCACUUCAGACCAGGAGAUGGAAGAGCUGAAACAGAAGCUGUCCCUACAGAAACUCACUUCAGACCAGGAGAUGGAAGAGCUGAAACAGAAGCUGUCCCAACAGCAGGUCUUAGAACAGGAAUUGGAAGAGCUGAAACAGAAGCUGUCCCAACAAGAACUGACCGUGGAACAGCUUAAGAACGAAGUGAAGGAAACUAAAACCAAGGACAACCACAUCAACAGCGAGAGGGAGACGGCCGAGAUGUUGAGUGCGCCAAACUCGGACCUAGAGGCCGAGGUUGCUUCCUUGAAAAGAAAAAUUGCCGAUCUGGAGGAGAAGGAGUGUGCCUGGCGAACGGAGAGGGAGGCCGUAACCGUGUCCCAGGUGUAUAACGACGAGCUCCUGGCCCAAACCGAGAGAGCAGCAGAGCUGGAGAAGAGACUGUCUGAGAUGGAGGUGCAGGUGUCGGGCCUGCAGAGGAGCCUGAGGGACGCACAGGACAGACGGGAGGAGGAGGAGACAGCGGCUGUGCAGGAGGCUCGCAGGAGGGAGGUGGAGAGGAGGAGGGAGCUGCUGGCUGUGGCUGAAGAGGCCAUCGCUCAGAAAGACGCGGAGCUAGAGAAGAGAGCCCAGGACGUUACCAGAUUGAAGGAAUUAGCUAAAAUUGACUCAGACAAGGUGAAGAGUUUGAGUCUGGACCUUCAGAGAAAAGAGGAUGACACUUCCGAUCUCAAAGAGAAGCUGGCUGACGCUAAAAAACAGAUUCAGCAAGUUCAAAGAGAGAUCUCAUCUGUGCGUGACGAGGAUAAAUGUCUGAAACAAAAACUGCAGGACUUGGAGAAAUUGAAGAAACAGCAACAAGCUGAAUUGGCCAACAGAGACAGGAGCAUACAGCAGCUGAGAACAGAGCUGGCUGCUGAAUCGAAAUCUGAUGUCAACCUCAAGCUCUAUGAGAAGGCCUGCCAAGAUUUGCAGGUCAAAGAACGUGUGAUCGAGGACAUGCGACUGGCUCUGACUGAGCUGGAGGAGACCCAGACCGAACAGGACCAGGUGCUGGAGGCCAAACUGGACGACAUCGAAGCCCUGACUGAAGAGGUGGAGAAACUCAAAGCGCUGUUACGCCACCGGGACAGCGGAGAAGACCUGAAAGACAGCCAAUCAGACGACGCCAAACAGGAAGCACUUCAGGCUCAACUCACCUUGAAGACGUGCACCGAUAAGCACCAGGCGGACCGGAGAAAGUGGCUGGAGGAGAAGAUGGUUCUGAUCCGACAAGCCAAGGAGGCUGAGGAGAAGCGGAACCAGGAGAUGAGAAAGUACGCUGAUGGCCGAGAGCGACACGCCCAACAACAAAGCCAACUGGAAGCCCUUUCGGCCCAGCUCAGGGAGAAGGAGCAGGACCUUCUGAAGUGGAGGAAGGAGCGGGACAGCCUGGUGGCCGCCCUGGAGGUCCAGCUGACCAAGCUCCUGUCCAGCAAUGCAGACAAGGACAAGCUGAUAGCCAGUCUACGCUGCGACACCACCUCCCCACCACCAGAGAGGGACCACAUCCAGCUAGAGGAGCUGCAGAGUCAUUUGUCUGAGAGGGAAACUGAGAUUCUUACUCUGAAAGAACAACUUAAAGCUGCCCUCAAAUCUGGCAGCGUUGUUUCAGCCCAGUCCGGUAGUGACCACAGAGAGACAGCCACCCAGACUGAAGUAGACGAGUGUCCUCUGAAACGCGAAGCUGUCCAUAGUGGCAGUCCACUGGUGGGUGGAGGGACGAUGGCAAAGCGGAACAGUCAGAGGUCUGGGGGCUACCCCUCCGUUCUGGAGUCCUCUGAGAUCUCCACGGAGGGUGGCCGGACCAGCCGCUUCCCCAAGCCGGAGCUGGAGAUCUCCUUCAGCCCACUGCAACCCAACCGGAUGGCCCUCAAACGACAGGGAGAGGAUGUGGUCAACGUCAAAAUCACCCGCUCAGCCCGCAAGAGGAAGAGCACAGAGAUAGAUAAGAAGAAAAGCUGGCACAGUAAGGCUAAACGGGAGGCAACCAACGGCAAGUCUCAGGAGGUGAACAGUGAGAACCAACGGAACAACUGGACCCGACUGACUCCUAAACUGGCCAUGCACCAGGAGGAGCCGUCCACGGCAAACGGCAGUACAGACCUGAGCUCCGUGAAGUCCCAGGACUCCCAAUCCAGCCUGCGGAAUAAAAAGGAGGGAACGAUGCAGAAGAUUGGAGACUUCAUCAACAGCUCUCCGACGUUCUUCGGCACCAAGGCUAAAAAGAUAAUGGGAUUGGUCAGUGGGAAAUCUCCAGAGACGGGGCUGGGCUCUUCCAGGAGCUUAAAACCUAAGAGGUCCAAGAGGAAGCUAUUCAGAUCUGAGAUAUCCUCUCCAAUGAACUUCCCUUCACACACGAUCAUCAGUGAUGCUCCGGACCAGCAGGAGAGUGACCAUCUGAUCAUCAAGAGGAAACUACGGAGCAGGACAGGAAAAUGACCUUAUUUUGCUGUUUGACAGCACCGGUCCAAGAUAGUGCCCGUUUUGUUGGUUUAAUGAAGGAUACUUUAUUCAUCUUUGAAUUCGUUUUUUAGUUCAACCAAGUUGUUUUUCUUUCUGAAAAUCUUGUUUCUGAAAUCAUAUUUGCACUUUUCCUCUUGGCUGCAUAUCGGCUUCCAUACACUAUAUCCUACAUUUCUAAUUAGUAUUUCUAUUGUUUUAUUUAUAUUCAAUUUUGCACAUAGUGUGAUUAUCCCUUACGGUAUGAUGUGUAUAAUAUGAUUUGAGUAUUACUUUUUGGACCAAGUAUUUUAAAUCUCCGUUUUGGAAAAGACUGACUAUGUUCAAGUGUGAGGAUGCACUAGCUCACUGUGAUUAUCCCAACGAUGUUCAAACAAAAUACACUACAGUACCCUUUUCUGUUGCUGAAUUAACGUGUUACUAGGGGCAACCACUAUCCAGUCCGGUGUUGGUGUAGGUCGUUCCUGGCCUGACAUAAAUACCAGACCAUAAUUUCCAGAACGUCCAAUCAGGGUUGCAUCGGUGGUAACACAAAAUACCUCUUUCCGAAAUGUUGGCGUUUUUGGCGUUUUUCAACCCUCCCCCGGGAGGCACCCCUCCCUGCAUGUUUUAGAGUCCUUGCUGUGGCACGUCAGGUGUGUUAGGGCAGGGAGAGAUCUAAAACAUGCAGGGCGGGGUGCCUCCUGGAGCAGGGUGGAGAAACACUGAUUUAGCAGUUGAUCCCAAGUGUGUAAGGAAGGGGUUUCCCCCCCUAAAGCCCAUGAUAGACGAACCCCCUAUCUAGGUUAUUCCUUUCUAUUCCUUCAUCGUACUGUAUUGCUAUCCCAUAUCUUAGUGGUUCAAUAAACCAUUGACCUGUUCAAACUGUC